AACAGCGCCGUCUCCAAUGGUAAUUCACCUCUUUCAUGAAACGAUGAACGGAACGAGUGAAUAUAAUGUUCCCAUUGAUGGUGAACACGCGUCUCUAGGUGAAGAUGACUUAUAGAAGGGGGCUAAUGGAUCACUACACCGACUCACCUGUCUGUUGUGGACUGUAGCGUGCAUGAGAUGUGAUUGGUCAGCAUCACGCGUGUUUAUAUCUCCCGUGAGUGCAGCAUCUUCUCAAUGUUGUUUUAGCUUUAGCUACUCAGAACGAAGUGUCCAUGUAGCACGGGCUAUGGCGAGCCCGUAACCUCUUCUGGAGUGACGGGGGGAGUGAUGUAGAGUGUCUUGGGUGACGUGUGAGGCCCCCACCACCUUGCAGGUAGAGGAAUGGUGAGUGUGUGGUGAGGCGCGGCUGGGGGGGCGGCACCCAGAACAGUGCCACCCACGGUGUUAUCCUGGCACUCUCAGAGUGCCACCCGUCGCCGCCCCUUCCCGCCCCCCGCCGCUAUGCCUAGAUGGCACUUGACCCCGCUCGUCCUGCCCGCCCCGUGAGGGCCCCAUGCUGGCGGGCAGCAUGGAGGCUGUGUUGGACAGCAUGCGCCGCUACACCGACCUCCGCCGCUACUCCGAGACUGUGCUUCAGGGCUGUCGACACUUUGCUGCAGAGUGUGCCAGUGGUUUGUGCGCGUCUGGAGACGUCAUUGAUGGGCGCGGAGGUCCUCGCAUCACCCACCUCACUGGGGGCGUGGGCCAGGCUGUGGUGGACGACGAACCCCGCUUCCCACGCCUCGACCAGUGCGCCCACUUCCACUACGAGUACGUGGAGCUCCCGCCCCUGCAGGUGUCGCUGGUACGGGAGGAGCUGAAGCCGUUGUCUAGCGGCGGAGGUUGCUCUGGCGGGGGCGAGGACGCUGAGAACCGCUCCCUUCUGGUGCAGGUGGCCUCCCUCGGCCGCUCCUGGGUCUUGAGACGCACCUACGAGAAUUUCCGCUUCCUUGACCGACAGCUGCACCGCUGCUGCUACGACAGGAAGGUCUCCCGCCUCCCGGAGCUCCCUCCUGAAGAGAACCUUCCUGGCGAUGAUAGAGAGGCGGCGGUGGCCGGGCUGCUGGGGGAGUAUGUGGCCCGGCUUAGCGAAGUGGCCGGCUCCCUCAUCACCUGCGGGCCCGUCCUCAACUGGCUGGAGCUCGACAACCGCGGCCAUCGUCUCAUCGUCACCGACGACUCCGACAUCAACACCCCCGCCGUCGCCGCCGCCUACGUGAUCAAGCGCUACAUCGCCCAGGCUUCGGACGAGAUCUCCUUCGAGGUUGGCGACAUGAUCAGUGUAAUCGACAUGCCUCCCCCCGAGGAGUCCAUAUGGUGGCGGGGCAAGAGAGGCUUCCAGGUGGGCUUCUUCCCCUGCGAGUGUGUCCAGGUCAUCGGCGAUAAGGUGCCACAAACAAUCCAACCUCAGACUCUGACACUGCCACCUGCCCGGACCCAACCCCCCAUUGCUGCUUCACACCAGCACCACACAAUACAUGCAGGCACACAAGCUCCCACCAAGCCAGUCUUAAGGAAGCAUGGCAAACUUAUAGCCUUCUUCAGGAGCUUCAUUCUUUCUCGACCUUCACGGCGGAAAUUGAAGCAAUCUGGUAUAUUGCGUGAGAGGGUGUUCGGCUGUGACUUGGGAGAGCAUCUUUUAAAUUCUGGCCAUGAAAUUCCGAUGGUAUUACGCUGCUGUUCUGAGUUUCUGGAGAGCCAUGGUGUUGUCGAUGGUAUUUACCGUCUCUCCGGUAUCACUUCUAAUAUCCAGAAAUUAAGAAAUGCUUUUGAUGAAGACAGAAUACCUGACUUAUAUGGGGACGACAGCAUCGUGCAAGAUAUUCAUUGCGUUUCAUCAGUACUAAAAAUGUAUUUCCGAGAGUUGCCUAAUCCUCUCUUAACAUAUCAGCUGUACGAAAAGUUUGUGGCAGCUGUGAUGCAGGAUGAGGAUAUUCGCCUCUUGUACUUAAGAGACGUUGUUCAGCAAUUGCCUCCCCCACACUAUAGAACGCUUGAAUAUCUUGUGCAGCACCUAGCAAGAGUUGCUUCACAUAGUGCAGAAACGGGUAUGACAGCCAAAAAUAUUGCCAUUGUGUGGGCACCCAACCUUUUGCGAUCCAAAGACUUGGAUAUGGGCGGUGUGGCAGCACUUCAGGCAGCCAAAAAGGAUGUGGGCACCCAAGCAGUAGUGACGGAGUAUCUGGUGCGGUAUGUGGACCUCAUUUUCAACGACAAAAUCCCCACCUUCUCGCAUUCCACUAACGGAGUGGAUGGAACACCAAAGAAAUCGCGUCCAAAGUCUCUUGCUAUAUCUACCCCCACAAAGUUAAUAUCGAUAGAAGAGGCAAGGUCCAGGGCACUCACUACAGCAAUUAAGCCGGACCAAAAAUACAUUGAAGUGGGUGGAGGACCACAAAAUCUACCCCCAAAAUACCACACAGUAAUUGAACUGCCUAGUCGAAAAGGUGGAAGUCUCAAGCAGAAGAAGUCUCCUUCAGGGUGGAAGAGUAUAUUCAGUAAGGGGCGUAGCGUACACAAACACCCAAGAAAAGCUUCUACACCAAGUGAUAUUCACCUAAAUAUCUCGGACUCGGUGGCGACCGAGACAGACAAUGCCCCUUCUUCUUCCAAGCGACUCCGACCUGUCAAGUCAGUUGAAUCCCUUAUCUCAACCUCUGCCUCCCUGCACUCAAACAGAAACUCACAGGCACUAGAAUCUCCAGAAAAGCGGGAGGCAUUAAUCUGGGAGAAGUACGAAAGAUCUCCACAGGAUGAGCGGGAAAGCAGAAGCAGCUCACUGUCCAGUCCCAUUCCUUCUCCACGCACACAUAAUCGCUCCGUUUCUCAUGAUUCAUACUUCAAUACACUUGAAAGUCGGUCAGACAAUUUACCUUCACAAGUGCCGGUCAAAGAGGAAGGUGAAAGUGAUAUUGAUUUCUCGCCAGAUAAUUCAAGAAUAUACUUGGAUAGUGAACUUGAUUUGAACUUUAGUACCAGUGAAAAAGACUUCAAAGUCUUUGAGGCAGAUACUCUGAAAUCAACAUCAAUUGAGGAUCCAGAUAAUAUGUCCAGCUCAACUUUAGAUAUGGAAAACUUAAGUAUGUGCUCAGAGAGUGGCAGAAGCAAAGAAAAUUUAAGCCCCAGGCCAGAGAAAAAGAGUCUAAAGGAAAAAUUUAAACACAGGUUCACUUCUCCACCCACCCAACGAAAACAUGACCAGAGUGUAAGUGACUCUAGUGAGGAUUCGCGCAACAAUAGUUUAAAAAGGGCAUCAGCAUCUCUCAAGGAUAAGAUUGUCCAUGCUCUCAGCCCUGAAACCUCUCGUCGCCGGACAGAAACUUCACCAAGACCAACUUCUCCUUCUAGUUCUCCAAAAUUUAAGCAUGUUCGCACAACAGAGACAGAGCCUAAAGAUAAAGAUGGUCAGACUUUAAAAUUAGAUACCCAUUCUUUUAAACCAGAAAUCUCCAGCUUCUUAAGUGGGGCUAGAUUAUUACCAGAGCAUGAAAAAAGUAGAGAAACAGUAACAGCUGAAGUGCAUGUAGAGGCAGAAAGUCAAGAAUGUGAUGAUACUCCAUCACGAAUUAGUAUGGACUACACCCUCAUAGAUCCAGAACUAUUAGAUAAAAUUACACAUCUAAGAACGUCUCCCUCGGUAAGUGUAUCAGAAGUGAGUAGUACCUCUCUUGCAGAAGCCACUGUAUCAGAUAAUGAGAGUUUUACAUUAGGAAGCAGUAGCAGUGGUAUGGGAACAGUGGGAAAUGGAAGAGAAAUUUUUGCAGACAUUGUUAGCAGUUUUGCUCCAUCCUCUACUUUAUUAACUCCUAUUGCACCCUCAGUUGCCAUAGUUGCUUUAAGUUCUGAGAUACAAGAAUGUGAUCCUGUUACUCCAAAUACACCAGUUACUGCAGUAAUGCCAGUGCAAGACGACUUCAUACCACAAGAACUUCCAAAGCCUCGUCCCAGUUCCUUGUUGGGGCUUCCUACAGCAGAGUUGCUUAAUCUGGGUUCUGCACUAACCUCACCAGAGACUCCUCAAGGGGACUCUACAUUUUUAGAGAUUCAGUAUCACCCACUUAGUGACACAACUGAACCUUCUACACCCAGCGAAUCCCAGUUUGUUCAGGAUUUAGUAGGUGUCGGACAGCCAGUGCCAUAUACACCUGCUGUUGAGGAGCCUCGUCAAUCUAGCCCAUUAUCAAUAGAUUUGAGUAGCAGUGAUGACCCGACUGAAGAAGGUCCAAUGUAUGAAAACGUAGACACAUGUAACUCAGGAUAUCCUCUAAAGGUAGAAGAUUCUCCUUAUGAUGAGCCUGUACCACACUCUUCUUCCCCAAGUGUUCAGUCUUCCCAAACUAGUUUUCAGACUUCUGAAGCAAGUGGACAAACUUUAUUAAUGGAGUCAGAGCUUACAUGUGCUGAUCUAGGGUAUGAAAACUAUAAUUAUAACUCUGUGUAUGAGAAUGUUCAAUAUGGUGCCGAGUAUGAAAAUGUAGAAUAUGGACCGGAGUAUUUAACCCAAUAUGAAAUAGAAAAUGAGAGCCAAAAUGAAACUAGUAUAGGAGAACAAUCCAAUGAAAAAUAUAAAAUCAUUAGUGCUUCUGAAGGUGAUGUUUGUUAUGAAAAUGUUGAAAUAGCAGAGGCUCAUGAAGGUAUAAUAGUAGAAAGUGUGUAUGAAAAUGUUGAAUCACCUGCCAAGGAAUCUCUACCAGUGUAUGAAAAUUUAGAGGAAUGUAGUGAUGAACAAGACCAGAUUGUGCCUGAUACAGAUGAUGCUUAUGAAGAAUAUUCAUUCAGAAAUCAGCCAAAUUAUGAAAACAUAGAGUUUAGCUCCCAGGUGUCUGCAGCUUCUGAAAAUGCAGAAUGUGAUAAUAAAACUGAAGUUGAGAUUGAAGGGGAAAUGGUGUACCAACAAGUAAAGUUUCUUAGGAAAUCUAUACAAGAAGUGAAUGACAUGCUUAAGGUAAAUGAGGAAAAGCAGCAUGCAUUAGAACAGUUAGGUGGUGUUACUGCGAAUGAUAAUGAGUCGAGUACAACUGCACACACAUUAAGUUUAUCUGAUAAUUCUUCAGAGCUUCCAGUUCAGGUGCCUCAAAUGGGCAACAUCAGUGUUUCCCAUCCUCAUGAAUCCUUGCCUUGUUCCCAAGAAUUUAUACCAGACUCUGAGGCAUCUGCUGCAGAUGCUGAAGUUUAUACUCAGCCUAGUGAGGACAGUGAAUGCUUGGAUUCGCCCAUUACUCCCUCAUCAGUAAGCAUGGCAACGGAGGUGUUAGUUCUUCCAUCUUUUGCUUCACCAACAGAGUCUACUACAGAUGAUGUUACAUCUCCAGUAAGUAGUGAUGAUGCAAGUUCUCCUAAACCUAUACAAGAAACGGAUCACUGUUCAUCUACUUGUACCUUACCUCCUAUCUUGCCAAGUCUCUCUCCACCAACUCUAGAAAACAUCCCAGUACCUCCAGCUGCAACUUCUACUCCAAACAGAGCUUUACCACUCCCAAGCAUCAUCAGUCCUGCACCUUGGCCCAGGACCACUCCUCGUCAUGCCCCUAUUGUUGCACCUGUUCCACGACCACGCCAGUUGCCUAAAUUAAAUUUAUCAUCACCCUUAAUUUCACCGGUCUCUACACCAUCAUCUGUAUCUAUCUCUCCAGAUUCCCCUGCCACACCAGGAACUCCCAGUAGUGGAUCUGCCCAGGUAACACCGACAGAAGAAAAUUCCUCUCCACAAAUUUUUAAGCCUAGUCAAUUGCCCUUCAAUAUUCAUUGUCAAACUGAAUCAAGUCCUUCAUUUGAAUCCAAGAUUCACCAUAAUUUAGGUGAUAUAAAGUCUCAGGUUGAAUAUACAGAAGGUGGAGGAUCUGAAUCAGAACUUCCACCUGAUCCUGAGUACCUAGAUUCCCAGAAGCUAACGGAAAGUAAGCCCAUACUGUCCUCACAAUUUCCUACUUUCCAAAGAUUUAAAAGUUCUCCAGAUUUUGGGUCAAUUUCCAAAGAUGCUAAACUAAGCAUUGUUACUCAAGAAAGUGCAGCAAAGGAGGCUGAGGAUACCACAGCAAUUGAUAUUGCCAAUAUUCUUGGUAAUGUUAACCUCAUGGACCCACAGAAGAGAGAGAGAAUUGAGCAGUAUAAAAAAGAAAGACGAUCAUUUUUAAGAGAGAAGUACAAAUCUGAGAGUUUCCGUGGAGAAAAAGAUGAAAUGAUCAUGAGACUCAAACAGAAGGCGACAAGUCCAUCUAGACCAGAAGAUGACAGUGGUGAAAAUGAUGAUGAGAUUAUUCAGAGUUCAGAUACUAAAUGUGUUAGUCAAAGGGGGAGAGAAAAUAGCCCAUCAAAACAACUUCAAGAGGGAUAUUCAGGAAAAGUCAGUCCAGUUAAACAGAUUGGAGGUAUGGUUACCAUGGAAAAACUUAACAUGGACUCGCAAGUUGAAUCAGACAAAGGGGAACAGGGCAGUGAUUCAGUAUUCAAGAGAACCUCUCCUGCUAGAAGGAGUCUAAGUGAUAUGGGAAGAGUUGGGGAGCUGAAGAGUCCAACAAGGACUCGCUUCUCGUCAGGAAGCUCUACUCCUACUUUUCAAAAAUGUAGUAGUACUGGUAGCAGCAGUGGUGGCUGUAGUAAAUCAGUCGAGGUGACGAGCCCACGUUCGUGUCUGAGGAGAUCUCCAGACAAAGAAAUAUUACUGCGCCGUUCUAACAGUGGCGACUCUAAAUCUAGUCCAUUAAGAAAGAACUCUGCCCCAAUUAGUCCCAUAAAAUCUCCCUCUGGAACUCCAAGUUUUCAUAGAUCAGCUAGCACUAGGGGUAGUGGGCGUCGCAAAGCUGGAAAAGAUGAUAUUGAAGAUGAUAUUAAUGUUAAAGAGAGGGUGGCAAUAUGGACUAAGAAUCGAGAGAAAUCUCCUACUUUGGAUAAAUCAGAAAGAGAACCUAAAAUUGAAAAAAUAACCAUUAAACAAGAACAAAAAUCAGGAAUGGAAAUGACGACAACUAGAAAAAGCUCUACUCCUAUACCCUUGUCACCAGUAAGAAAAACUUCUAUUCCUAAAGCUUCUCCAUCAUCGCCCGGCAUUCCUAAAGUAGUCCCAUCAUCACCUGGACCUUCAAAAUCUGCACCUUCCCCUGGCAUUCCAAAAACAACUCUUCCCUCUCCUGCAAGUGCUCCUAAGAAAAUAAGCAAUAUUGAAGAGAGCAGUAGUGAUGCAAGUGCCCUAACUGGUACAGGAAAUGCAGCUGCAAGAGGAAACUCUGGUCAGCAAAGACGAAUUAGGGACAUGGCAGCCAUAUUCGAGAGAGACUCGCCAUCAAGUGCCAAACCAGCUGUUAUUAGACAAAGUUCCAGAGAAGAAAAGAAGGAAAGGUAUUGAAGACACCUUGAUGCUGAACAUCCUUAAAACACCAAAGAUCAACCUCUCGUCCGAUGCAGUAGCUCCUUUACAAACUCCAGUUGUAAUCACCACUUGGGGGAUGGGUAAUUUUUUCAACCAAUUACAGCCAUUUAACCUUCAGCCUUGAUCUGUGGAUCCUUGGGUGGUGAUGAAAGUGUGGGUUGCUGUGAUGAACUGCUGCCUCAGCUCUCUACCAAGAACUUGUGGUUACAUUCCAAAUAUUUUCCCCUCAUGUGCAUGUUAUGAACUAUUUUAGAUCUGAUAUCCCCUUCAUUCAUUAUCUCUCUCUCUCUCUCUUGCGCCAGGCAAGAUUGUGCCAUUGCAACCUAUAGCCAGUUUUGAUCCAGAUUUACUAAAGCCCAGUUUCAAUAUUUCAUAUACUGAUAUGUCUGUCAGUUAUAACUGAACAUUUUUUUAAUUAAUGUUUUAUUGCUCAGAUUUCUGUGUCUGUCAUGUUUCUAACUUCUAUCAGUGAUGUAAAUAUUUCCAUUUUCACUUGUGCAUCCAGUUUGAAGGUCAUACUUGUGUUCAUUCAGUUUGUUGUUGCUGUGUGUGUGUGUGUUGAUUCAGGCAUAACUUUUUAUAUUUUUAUAAAUGUAAUUGGAUUUAUGAUCAGUUUAAAUUGUAAUAAUUAUUUGUAAUAUAAACUUAUUAAAAAAAAUGUCUUCAAAGCACAAGAAUAAUAAUUUCAUAAGCUGUAUACUUGAGUAACAGCUAGUUAGAAGAUAUAGUUAAAUAUCUUAACUUUAACCCUUAUCCAAAAAAGCCUUGAACAAAAAUCUGAUUAAGAUUAGGGAAGCAAGAUACAUCUGGUGCAAAAGUGUUUUCAUAAAAGUACAUUUGUAUAAAGUAUCAUAAUUUGUUUUGAAGAUAUCCACUGUAAAUACUUGUAUGAAAUAUAAGUAUGAAUAAAUA